GUCCAUCCAUUGAACCAGUUCGGCAAUCGCUUUCCUCUCCUUCUCCUGGUCGAACGAUCAAUUCCUCACCGCACUUCACGUGAUCUCCGUGGUUUGUAUUUAUGUAUACUCUUCUCGCUUGAUCCUCGCAGUGUUCUUGGUUCAUCGCUCGAUCGCGGUUCUUGCGGCGGCGGCUGCGGCUGGCAGAGCAAAUUGAAGGCGAUUUUUGUUUUUUUUUGUAUUGGGUUUUGGGAGUUCUUUUGCUGUGGGAAGCAUCGAAGUUGCUAGAUUUUGAGGUUCUCGGUCGGUUUCCUCGUUGUUAUCGGCGUGAGGUCUCGAUCGAAUCGAUUUCUUUUUUGUAGUUUGGUUUUUUAUCGGUUUCUCCGCCGUUCCGGUUCAUAAGGUUCUCCUUGGAUCGCCUCUGGGGAUCGCAUUGCUUGUGAAGAUGAUCGCAUCCGUGAGUCAGUCCGCCGCCGGGAUUGGUGUUUGCGAUCUCGUCCGGCUCAAGGCGCCUUGUGUCAGGCCUCGGAUCGCGCCAGUUCACGCCGUGUCUGCGAUCAAAAACCUUGAUUUGACGCUUUCCACCAGGAAACCACUUUAUCUCGCGUCGCCGGAGCAGUCUGGGUUUGGAUUGCUCCACCGCGAUGGGACCUUGUCGGCCAUCAGGCCCCGUGGUCAUGAUUUCAAGUGCGAGGCCUACGAAGCUGAUAGAUCGGAGGUGCCUGAGAUCUCCCCUGAGCAAGCUCGUUCGACUUCGGCCCAGAGGGUAAAGAUCGGCGUCUAUUUUGCUACCUGGUGGGCUCUCAACGUUGUCUUCAACAUCUACAACAAGAAGGUCCUCAACGCCUUCCCCUACCCUUGGCUGACCUCCACCCUCUCCUUGGCGGCGGGUUCCCUCAUAAUGCUCAUUUCCUGGGCCACAAGGAUCGCCGAGGCCCCCAAGACCGAUUUCAAUUUCUGGAAAGCCCUUGCGCCGGUGGCGGUCGCGCACACGAUCGGGCAUGUGGCGGCGACAGUGAGCAUGUCAAAGGUGGCGGUCUCGUUCACCCAUAUAAUCAAGAGCGGGGAGCCAGCUUUCAGCGUGUUGGUCUCAAGGUUUCUGCUAGGAGAGACCUUCCCCGUGCCGGUGUACCUCUCGCUGGUGCCUAUCAUUGGUGGAUGUGCUUUGGCUGCAGUUACAGAGCUUAACUUUAACAUGAUUGGUUUCAUGGGUGCGAUGAUUUCGAACCUUGCGUUUGUCUUUCGGAACAUCUUUUCUAAAAGAGGAAUGAAAGGGUUGUCUGUUAGUGGGAUGAACUAUUAUGCUUGCCUCUCCAUCCUGUCCCUGGUGAUACUCACACCAUUUGCUAUUGCGGUUGAAGGACCUCAGGUGUGGGCUGCUGGAUGGCAGACUGCACUUUCACAAAUUGGUCCUAACUUCGUAUGGUGGGUAGCUGCGCAAAGUGUCUUCUACCAUUUAUACAACCAAGUCUCUUACAUGUCCUUGGAUGAGAUCUCACCUCUGACAUUCAGUAUUGGCAAUACUAUGAAGCGAAUAUCCGUCAUCGUCUCAUCCAUCAUAAUCUUCCGUACCCCUGUUCAGCCUGUCAAUGCCCUUGGAGCCGCCAUCGCCAUCCUCGGAACCUUCAUCUAUUCCCAGGCAAAGCUGUAAGGGAUGAUUCGAAGGGGAUGCGAUAAUAAAGUGAAGCUGCUCCAGUAGUAUAGGAUUUGGCCAUAGGUAUUUUUUUUGUAGAGUUCCAACAAGAGCCUUCUCUUGAGAAUAUACCAAGAUUCAUCGACUCAACAUAUUAAUUAUAAUUUUUGCUUGUAUCUUUAAUUUUCAUGCUCACUUUGGUGCUUGAAUCAGACAGUUCAAGGGAUGCCUUAACAGAAGGGAGUUAACUAAAAUAAUCCUUCUGAACAUAAUUGUAUUAUCGGGUGAAGAAGAUCCUUUAGCAAAACAGAAGUUGAAUUGUUUGCAGUAA